UUUAACCGGAAGUUGGCCUGCGAGUGCUUUUACUUUGACAGUGUGAUGACGCGCAGGAACAGCGGACUGAAAGCUGUUCACAGGAUCCACAGUUUGGCUUAAAAUGAGCUCUAUCGGGACCGGGUAUGACCUGUCGGCCUCCACCUUCUCUCCGGACGGCCGAGUGUUUCAGGUGGAAUAUGCCAUGAAGGCAGUAGAGAACAGCAGCACGGCCAUCGGUAUCCGCUGUAAAGAUGGUGUUGUAUUUGGAGUGGAGAAGCUCGUUUUGUCCAAACUGUAUGAGGGGGGCUCCAACAAACGCAUCUUUAACAUUGACAGACACGUCGGCAUGGCUGUAGCUGGCCUGUUGGCUGAUGCUCGCUCGCUUGCUGAAGUUGCCAGAGAAGAAGCCUCCAACUUCAGAUCAAACUAUGGACAUGACGUUCCCCUGAAGCACCUGUCAGACAGAGUGGCCAUGUACGUCCAUGCCUACACGCUAUACAGUGCUGUGAGGCCGUUUGGCUGCAGUUUCAUCCUAGGCUCAUACGACAAAGACGACGGCCCUCAGCUCUACAUGGUCGACCCAUCAGGCAUCUCAUACGGCUACUGGGGCUGUGCCAUUGGAAAAGCAAAACAAGCUGCCAAGACAGAGAUUGAAAAACUGCAGAUGAAGGAGAUGACAUGCAGAGAACUGGUCAAAGAAGUCGCCAAAAUAAUCUACAUCGUUCACGACGAGGUUAAGGACAAAGCGUUCGAGCUGGAGCUCAGCUGGGUCGGAGAAGUCACAAAGGGACGGCACGAGCUGGUGCCUAAAGACAUCCGAGAGGAAGCAGAGAAAUAUGCCAAGGACUCUCUGGAGGAGGACGACGACUCUGAUGAAGAAAACAUGUGAACCUAACACAUGUCUCCUUAGCGUCUCCUGCUCUGCUCACACGCUUUCUCUUUUUUUAUGUUUAUACUUCAUGGACAUUCGUGUCGGUUACCUUGUUUUCUGUUGGAUGAAUUUAAGGUUUAAAUAAAAAUUUGAAUCAAA